AUGAGCGAUCACCUCCCGAUAGUCGUCUGGCCGAUUCCGUCAAUUCAGGUCAGAAAGAGAAAGAAGUUUCGCUUUGAGAAUUAUUGGUUGAAGGAGCAACAAUGCAAAACCUUAGUUGAUUUGAGCUGGAAAAAAUCUGAGGGUUACAACAUCUGCGCUAGGUUUGAGGCUUGCAGCAUGGCAAUAUGGAAAUGGGUAAAGGACUAUAACGGGAAUUUCCACCACAAGCUUGAAGCGGCUAGAAAAAGUAUGGAAAUUUUGAGAAAUAGAAUUGAUGAUAAUGGUCUGCAUGAUUUCGAAAAUGUCCAGAGAAACUUCAUUCAUCUCUUACAACAGCAGGACAGUUUCUGGCGGCAGAGGGCAAAAUUGUUUUGGUACAAAGGUGGAGACUCCAAUUCUAAAUAUUUCCACAACAUGAUCACCGAAAGACAGAGAAACAAUGCUUUAUCCAAGCUUCAUAACUUGAGGGGAGACUAG